CUCGACACCUCUCCACUUCUGCGAUUAAACCAACUGGUAACUGGACACCCACUGGCUAUGUAUUUUCGCUCUGCUUUUGUGUUUACAUUCAUACCGAGUCUCUUGUUAAUAGGUAUGACCUCAGCAAACUUCGAAGUUCAGCAAACGCCUCCCCUCGUGGAAUUGCAUGAAGGGCAGACGGUGACCAUUAACUGCACUGCGGAUUUUCUCGGGCCUAAAACCAGCACUUGGCUGAAAGAUGACAUGGAGAUUUCACAAGACUUCGCGAUGUUCAGAGGAAGAGUGAUGCCAAGACCCGUGCCUGAUGGUCAGAAGUUAAGAACAUUUUUGGAAAUCACGAACCUCACACAAUGUGAUUCUGCCACCUACUAUUGUAAGGUGGUACCCAUGAACGGCCCAGGGAAGACGGGUGGCGGGACGAAGAUAAUCGUACUGCGUACACCUGAAAGCAAUGCCAUUAACGUUAUUUUCAUCGGAGUGUCGGCGGGAGUGAUAGCAGUGCUGGUCACUGCUUUAAUUGUUGUGUCUGUACUUCUCAGAUGGCGCACUAAAGCUUGUGUUGCUCUUCAGAGACAAUUCGUUCAUUAUGUCACCGAAAAAUCAACAGAAUAUAUGAAAAUGAACAAGAAAGCAAGGCAUGGGGUCAGAGAGGAUGGUUCUGCAAGCUCCAGUCAAGAGAGGAAGAAGAAGAAAAGGAAAACAAAAAAGUCCAACAACAUGGAUUGCUCACAACAAGGCAACAUCCAGUAACCCAGGGCAACCCUAUUCCAAGAUUAAAAGUACAGGCCUUUAGCAAAUGCUUCACAAACAGACAAUAGUUAUGCACCUCUUUUGUCCUAUGGUCUCUCCCUAUAACCUUAAAUUUUAAAAUUAUAUAUAUAUCUUUAGUAUUUUCAUGUGUCACGCUGAGAAAAUAUGCUUUAUUCCAGCAGUAAGUACGACAUACAACUCUGCUUAUUUGAAAGAUGGGCUUGCACUGGAGAAGGUGCAGGGGAGAUAUACAAGGAUAUUGCCAGGUCUAAACAAUUGUAGCUAAAAAGUGAGAUUGGAUAUCUGGGGUUGACUAUAAGACUUAAGAACAGAAUCAGGACAUUUGUUCCAUUGGGUCGCUCCACCAUUCAAUCAUGGCUGAAUCAUAUUCCCAUUCAACCCCUUUCUCCUGCCUUCUCCCUAUAACCUUUGACACCCUUACCAAUCAAGGACACAAUAAGACCUUUGACACUUAUUAUGACAUAAAUCUCAUUUGACUCAUGCCAAUGCCCCCAUUCUCCCUCUUUACUUCUCUUCCUCUGGAACUUAACUUCAACUCACGUUCCCAUCAAUUGUAAUUAUUUUACCCCAAUCCUACAUAAGGGGUAAUUAGCAGUAGCCAGUUAUCCAACCCGUAAGUCUUUGGGAAAGCCACUUGGUCAGAGGCACAGCGUACAGACUUGACAUGAACAGCACCCAAGGUACGACUCGAGCAGGGGAUUGUGGAGAUGUGAGGCACAGCUCUAACCUCUGUACAAGAUUAUCUUUCUCCUCACCUCCUUCACAGAACUGCAAAGACCAUCCUUUCCCCACUGCAGAGAUCCCACAGGCAACUCGCGGUGAGAGUGAUUCUCCGGGCACAUAGGGAGAAUCCAGCUGGGAGGAGCCUUCUCAUUCUUCUAAACCCCAGUGAGUACAGCCCCAGAGCCAUCAAACACGUCUCAUAUGUUAACCCUUUCAUACUUGUGGUUAUUCUCGUGAACCUCCUCUGGACACCCUCCAAUGCCAGCACAUCUCUUGUUAGAUAAAUCUCAAAGUGUGGGCUAACCAAUGAGUCAGCAUUACAACCUUGAUUUUGUAUUCUAGGCCUCUCAAAAUGAAUGCUAACAUUUCAUUUGCGUUCCUUGACAUCAACUCAACCUACCUGGGUCUCCAAAUACCUUUGCACUGAAGUUUGAAUUUUCUCCUCAUUUAGAAAAAAAGUCCACACCCAAAUUCCUUCUGCCAAAGUACACAAACGUACAUAUCCCUACACUAUAUACCAUCUGCCACUUCAUUGUCCAUUCUCCCAAACUAAGUCCUUGUUGUAAAGACAUCAUCCUUCCUCAAAACUACCUUUCCUUCCACCUAUCUUCAUACCAUGUGCAAAGUUGGCCACAAAGCCAUUGAUUCAUUCAUCUAAAUCACUGACAUAUUGUGUAAGGAGAAUCUGUCCCAACACAGACCCCUGUGGCACACCAUUAGUCACCAGCAGCCGACCAGAACAGGCUCCCUUUAUUCCCACUCUUUUCCUCUUGCCAAUCAGCCAAUCUUCUAUGCAAGCUAGAGCCGAUCCUGCAAUACCAUGGACUCUUCACUGGUUAAGCAGCCUCACGUACAACACCUUGCAAAGGCCUUCUGAAAAUCCAAGUAAACAACAUCAACCAAUUCUCUUUUAUAUAUCCUGCCUGUUAUUUCCUCAAGGAAUUCCAACAGCUUUGAUAAGCAAAAUUUCCCCUUUAGAAAACCAUGCUGACUUUGGUCUAUUUUAUCAUGUAUGUCCAAGUACCAUGAAAACUCAUCCUUAGUAAUAGAUUCCAACAGCUUUCCAGCCACUGUAGUCGACCUAUCUGACUUACAAUUUCCUUUCUUCUGCCUCCUUCCCUUUUAAAAAAGUAGAGUGACAUUUGCAAUUUUCCAGUCCUCAGGAACCAUUCCAGAAUCUAGUGAUUCUUGAAAAUCAUUACUACUGCCUCCACAAACCUUCAGAACUCAGGGGCGUAGUCCAUCUGUUCCUUCAGUCUUUUCAGCUUCCCAAGCACCUUCUCCUUAAUAAUAGCAAAGACGCUCACCUGCAUUGUUUGUCUGUCUUUGCAGCGUGUAUUGCCUCAUUGAUUCUGAACGCAUGCAAGAAAACAAAUCUCAGGGUUGUAUAUGAUGACAUAUAUGUACUUUGAUAAUAAAUUUACUUUGAACCGUGAAUUGCUUAUUUCAUAAAAGAUUUCUAUAAGUCACAAAGUGAGCUAGCAAUUGAUGCUAAAGCUAAAUUCACACUAACUGAAUAUCUUUGUCACUUUAAAAACACUUUACCAGCCACAGAUUGUUUGAUAUCUGUCAACGGAUUGAGCUGGCCUUGGCGUCCAUAGUUAAUUCACAUGAAGUGUGACACAAUCAUCACAUGCUGGCUCGCUAAUGACCCACCUUCAACCAUGGAUAGGGCCUUUAAUGGGGAGGGGGGCUAAUGAGUGCAUGAGGCCCUUUUGGUGCUGGUCUGACCAGUCGUCUGGUACCUUUACCAUCAAUGACUCCCUGAAGGUCCUGGAGACUCAGGUUGGGGGAGCCAGGGCGUGGCAAGAACUUGGUGAUCUCGGUGUUGCUGACACGUGACUCACUGCAGCUGCUGGAAUUCUGGAUAAGCGCAUGCAAAAUGCAAGAGGAAUUCAGCCCAGAUGCUGCUUGGCCUGCAGAGUUCCUCUGUGUGUGGCCUAAUCUCACAUCCCUCACCUCUGAAGCCAUCCUUGGUUUCGUGUGGAUGCCGAAAGAAAAUGCAGUGAGUCCCAGGAGUGUAAUGUCCCAAGGAAAAAGGAAAAGUGUAUACAUUGUUGCCCUCAACCUGAUGGCCACCAUUCAAUAUGGCUGCUCCAGGUGUAUAGAGCCCAAGCAGAAACAGACUGAGUGUCACAGCAUGCAGAGGUUCCCUUACCCCUUUACAAAGGAUGGCGGAAGUAUCCUUGUUCCACUUAACACCCAAGGCCUGAGUCCUGUGUAUUUGCCUCUCACAGUUAUUUAAGCUGGAGUGUUUGCACUGAAGAAUCGAUGAGAUGUUGACAUAUUGUAAAGAUCAUAAACAAAUGUACUGAUAUAUUUGGUAAAGUGAAUUAAGACAGUAGAAUGUCCCAUUUGUAUAACAAUAGUGUCCCAUUUGUAGAGGAGUAGAGUGUCCCAUUUGUUUUUUAAUAAUCAAUUAUAUUUCUGGAGAGGGAAAAACUUGCCCUGAAGCCUCUCCAUAUUGUGCUCCAUAAUCCAAUCCUAUCAACUUUAAUAUUAUCAGCAAUUUUUGAAAUGUGACUUCAAGUUCCCUUUGCUGAACUGUGAGAUGAGUAACACAGCACAAGCACAGACACAGAAUCAGAAUCAGGAUAAAUAUCACCUGCAUAUGUGUGAAAAUUGUUAACCUUACAGCAGCAAUAAAAUGCAAUACAUAAUAAAUAUAAACUGCAUUACUGUGAGUAUAUACAUGUAUAUUAAA